AUGGUUGGUGUAGCGCCUCGAAAGUGCCGCUGCCUUGCUAAUAUUUGGCAUCAUUUGUCCCAGUGCGUUAUGUCCCAUGGGCUCCCUGGAAUACCAGAUGUUCUGCUGGUUCAGGUCUUCCUGUGGCUUUCUAAGAGGGUGAAGGUGAACAUGGCCGUUGUGAACAGUGACCCGCUGCAGAUGCCGGCUCUGGGACGUCCCUUUAAUCUGGGGAUGUUGUACGACGCCAGAACAGACCAACUGAUCCCAGGCUACGCUCUGAGUCGACAGCUGACCGGUUCAAAUUUAAAUUAUCCUUCUGCUAAAAAGAAACAAACAAAAAACCCGGGGAGGAUUAAGCACUUCUCUUCUGCGCUCUUCUCAUAUCUGCAGGUAGCCGGGAUUAAAGGGGUGUUCCUGUCGAAUAAGAUUGUGGAGAACCAAGUGAAAACCUAUAUCACGUACAACAAGGGGAGAGACUGGCGGCUUGUGCAGGCGCCAUCAACCGAUCUCCAGGGAAACAAGGUCUAUUGUGAACAGCCGUACUGCUCCUUGCAUCUGCACCUCCACGUCUCGGAGAACCCUUACACCUCUGGAAAUAUCGUCAGCGAAGACUCUGCUCCCGGAAUUAUCAUCGCAUCAGGGGUGAUCGGACCGGAACUGACCAGCACUAAUGUCAGUAUUUUUAUCACAUCCGAUGCUGGGAACACUUGGAGAGAGGUCUUUCAGGAAGAGUACAGUGUGUUUUUCCUCAACCAAGGGGGAGCUCUGGUCGCCAUCCGACACACACCUCUCCCAAUUAGGCACAUUUGGCUGAGUUUUGAUGAGGGCAGAAACUGGGACAAAUAUAGCUUCACCUCGUCUCUGCUCUAUGUUGAUGGGGUGCUGGGGGAGCCUGGAGAGGACACCCUUAUAAUGACAAUCUUUGGCCAUUUCAGCCAUCGAUCCGAGUGGCAGCUUGUCAAAGUGGACUUCCGGUCCAUCUUUCAGCACCGCUGCACUUCUGACGACUACACCGUGUGGCAAGUACACGACCAAAGCGAAGCCUGCAUCAUGGGUAUGAAGAGGGUUUUCCAAAAGCUGAAAGCAAACGCACCAUGUGUCAAGGCCAGAGAUCAGUACAUGCCUCAGAAGUCCGACUCCUGCUCGUGCACAGAGGCCGACUUUGAGUGUGACUAUGGAUUUGAGAGGCAGUCGGACGGCAGCUGCGCACCGUCGUUCUGGUUCAUUCCUUCAGCCACUUCCAGAGACUGCAUCACUGGGGACACUUUCCUCAACACCACGGGGUAUCGCAAGGCUUUAUCUAACAACUGCACCGAGGGGAAUGCUCUAAAGUACAGCCCCAGGCGCCAGAGGUGUCCCAGCCAGUCCCCCAGGGGCCUCCAGCUCUUCACCAGUGAGGGAACACCUGUGGCAGCCUUGGAAAAGAACGUCACCUUCCUGGUUUUUUUGGACGAGGGUCUCAGCUCCACCACCAGUAUCACAGUGGACUUUGGGGACGGGACUGCUAUAUCCUAUGUCAACAUCAGCUCUAUAGAAGACGGUGUCAAGCACGUCUACAGCAAAGUCGGCAUCUAUCAAGUCUCUGCUACGGCCAGCAACGCUCUGGGCUCCGACAAGGCUACGCUGUACCUGCACGUCACCUGUCCACUCGAACAGGUGCAGCUCUCCGCUCCUUCUGUCGCGGUCAAGAACAAGCCAGUAAAUCUCACCACCACGCUGCGGCCGAGCCAAGUGGGGACGGUCACUUACUACUGGUGGUUCGACAACAGAACAGAGCCCGUGGUGACCUUAAACGGAGCCAUGACCUACACUUUCUCCAAAGUCGGGAGUCACACGGUCACAGUUCAAGCCGCCAUGGCCAACACCGUCCACCAGGAUCACAUGACUAUUGCCGUGUUUGAUUACUUUCGCUCCCAUGUUUUAGCCUUCUCCUCUAAUUUGGACGAGCAGAACCCUGGGGUGUCUGAGUGGAGAGAGGAUAUCGGCAGAGUGGUGGAGAACUCUGUAGUCCAGGUCACCGGAAUCAGCGAGGAUCAGCUCUUGGUGGCAGUGCUCCCCGGUUUGCCCACAGUAGCAGAACUUUACCUGGUGCCAGAGAAAGGAGUGAGAGGGAACGCCGUGGAGGAGAAAUGGGCCAAUCUGGACCAGCUUUCUCAGGUCCUGCUAAGUGCUCUGAAUCAGGAUCUGGUCCAGUUCGCACUCAAGCCGGGGGUGCAGGUGAACGUCUACGCCACACGCCUCUCUCCAGCACCCCUAGUGGACAACACCGACAUCGUCCACAGCAGCACUGCCAUUAUUAUGCUGGUGUCCGUCGUCCUCAUGGUUCUGGCCAUUUUCGUCAUCUACAAAUUCAAGAGGAAGAUCCCGGGCAUAAACACAUACACAGCAGAGCAGCCUGACAAAGAACAAGAGGUCAUCCCGACUGUAACCUCCAUAGCAGAGCCGGAGCCGCAGGGGGACCGGCUGACCUCGCUGGACCGUGUGGACGUACACUUAGACUCCAAAAGCAGAGGCUACCUGCCUUCACACGCAGACAUCCCGCUCUCUGAGGAGGCGCCCCAUGUGUUUUAA